GCCCUUACCGCAGCGGCCGAGAAGUACCAGAACCUGAAGAUCCAUUUUCAUCACAAGUUGAAGACCGCCGAUCUGGAAGAGGGCACCCUCGUCUUCGAGGACACGAAGACGGGCUCGGACGUGACGAGAGAGGCGAACCUGAUCGUGGGAUGCGACGGGGCGUACUCGGCGGUCAGGCGUCAGAUGACGAAGAGGCCGAUGUUCAACUACAGUCAGGAGUAUAUCCCGCACGGAUACCUGGAGCUCUGCAUCCCUCCGGCCUCCAAUGGCGAUUUUGCCAUGGAGAAGAAUUAUCUUCACAUUUGGCCUCGGGGGAAGUUCAUGCUGAUUGCGUUGCCCAAUCAGGAUCAUUCUUGGACCGUGACCUUGUUCAUGCCCUUUCAAUUCUUCAGCGAGAUCAAGGACUCCGAGGACCUCAUCGAAUUCUUCGGCAACAAUUUCCCCGACUCCAUUCCGCUGAUCGGGAAGGAGAAACUCGUGAAGGAUUUCUUCCGGGUCGGGCCUUCGCAUCUCAUAACCGUGAAG